UUUGAUACUGUGUGGCUUAGUCAUCGCCAUAAAAGUAAAACAAAGGAAAAAGUAGACGAGUCUUCUCGCUCGCGCUCUCUCUCUCAAUAAUCUCUGCUGUCUAGGGUUUUCGAUUACCUCUUUUUCCAUAUCCCUCCUCGAUCUACGCAAAUUCCUUACAAGUAGAUCGUUUCCUUCAUCGCUUAUCGUAUCUUUCAUGGAGGCUCCAGGUAUGGAAGAGAGCAACAAGUCCGAGUGCCAUUUGACUUCUGCUGCGGCUUUUGUGGAGGGUGGAAUUCAAGAGGCCUGUGAUGAUGCUUGCAGCAUAUGCUUGGAAGCCUUCUGUGACAGUGAUCCCUCGACGGUGACUAGUUGCAAGCAUGAAUUUCAUCUUCAGUGCAUUCUUGAAUGGUGUCAGAGAAGCUCCCAGUGCCCCAUGUGUUGGCAGCCUAUCAGCCUGAAGGAUCCAACCAGCCAGGAAUUGCUUGAGGCAGUGGAACGGGAGAGAACAUUUCGGUUUAAUCCAUCUAGAAAUGCCACAAUAUUUCAUCAUCCAACUUUGGGGGAUUUCGAAUUACAACAUUUACCUGUGGGUGCGAAUGAUGCUGAACUUGAAGAGCGUAUAAUCCAGCACUUAGCUGCUGCAGCUGCAAUGGGCAGAGCACGCCACAUUGCUAGAAGGGAAGGCCAGAGAACUAGGUCAUCAGCUCAAGGUCGUCCACAAUUUCUGGUGUUCUCAGCUCAUCCUAGCACGCCUCAGGCUGGUCCUGCUUCUUCCUCUCCAGCUCAGAGAGGGGAAGAUGAACCAGCUCCUGCAAUUACUGCUGCUAUGCCCUCUUCCCUUCCUACAGCUGUGGGGGAAGAAUCUUCUCGGCUUACUACAUCACAACUUUCUUCCCAAGCCGAGGAAAUUACUGCCUCAGCAUCUGGGUCAAUUAUUCAUACUACAAAUCAGCAUGGAACUUCCUCAAACAAUAGGAGGUCUCCCGGUCAAUCUCUUCCAAGUGGUCAAGAUAAAGCAGGACCAUCAGAAUUUCAAUCAUUUUCAGAAACCCUAAAAUCUCGAUUUAAUGCAGUGUCAAUGAGGUACAAAGAGUCAAUUUCGAAGAGUACAAGGGGAUGGAAGGAGAGAUUGUUCUCUCGCAAUACUUCCAUGGCAGAUAUUGGUUCUGAUGUUAGAAGAGAGGUUAAUGCAGGAAUUGCAACUGUAUCACGCAUGAUGGAGCAUCUUGAAACUCGUGACAAUAGCAGAACCACCCCUUCUUCUGUAUCAGAUAGUUCAGAGGAUACCUCAUCUCCAUCACUGGGCGACCAGAGAAUGGCUGAAACUAGUGCUCAUAAUCCUUUGGGUGACACUAAUGUACAAGCUUCAUGUGCUGCAAGUUCUGGCACUAAUUAAGUAUAUUCCAGUAAUGACAUCAAUUCAAUGCAUUUCAUGAAGGUGGAAUAGAGUGCUUACUAAGGGAAGGCUACUGUGUUCCUUCAGCAGGAAAGGUGAAGGGGUCAACUAACUUGGACACUGAUUUGUGCCAUUGUUUUCUGUUUCUGUUCUCCCCUUUGUUUCAACAUCAAAAUGCAAGUUUCUCCUUGUUCAUUGAUAUGCUAUAUGCUUCUUUAUUCUGUGGACCAUGAACUCAUAUAUCUAUAUCUAUAUAUGAAUGUUGACUAGUUAGAGGAUUAGUCUCCCAUACUCAAUUGACGUAUCAUCACCAUGUGGAAGCUAAGUGGGGCCUUCUAACUCUUUUCAUUCUUCAAUGCAUUGAGGAUAUUAGAUCACCUUAUUUAUAUGAAUUUGAUUCCAAGCCACAAUUUAGACAGACCUUUAAGCUGAGUCACCAGCUCCUUGAAUUUGUUUGUAAAUUCCUUAAUAUCACUCUCCCAAAUACGAUUUUGCUGAUCAUAAACUGGCCACUUUCACUUCAUCCAUCAUAAACUGGCUACUUUCACUUCAUCCAUCAUAAACUGGCUAAUAGGAGGGUGUCAUAUGUCUGAAAAGCUUGCUUUUAAUGUCCUUUCAUCAACUUUGAGGUUUUCCAACAGGAUUCAUAUUGGAAAAUACAACUUAUCUUUUGACCUUCAUGUGAUGAACAUCAACCCCUGUCCAGAGUAUGAAGACACUAAGGAAAUCCUGUGAGUCAAAUUUUCAACAAAAUUUGGCAUUUAUAAGCUAAGUGAGCUUUCUUUCUUCAUUUGGUUGUCAGCCCUGUCAUACAGUUCAUCCACAUCAUCUGCCACAUCUACAAGGGAACCUUCUGACAUGUCAAAAAUCUUUUGCCCCAGGGUUCACCCUGAAAGUAGGAUAGACAACCGAAUUCUCCUUGUGCGACAACUGCUCCAUUCAUUUCCUUCCAUGGUCUGAGUCACUGCUGAGUGGAAGUUAUGGUUACAAUUUAUAAAGGGAUCUGAUUUGGAUUUUGUGAGAUUUCUCUAUUUCAAUUUGUAUAGAUAGUUGUGUUCAUGGUUCCUACUUUCCUAAAGGUCAUGGCCAGAGUGACCCAUUUGUUUUAUUGGUUCUAAGUGCCUUCUCUAGGAUUCUCAUUGACUAGGAUGGAUCCAAAUCUCUCUGCCAAACAACAAUUGAGUACAUGAAACUUCCUUGUUUUUUUGCAAAUACAAACACCUGUUAGAUGGGUAUAGCAUAUGAAAGGUGUAAUUAUAGGCACAAAAUGAUAAUCAAGUUUGUAGCAUACUGAAAAUUAUUGUACCUGCAAAAAAAAUGAUAGUCUACUUAAAUUUUAUAUCUUGAAUUUUUCAUUGUUACCAUUAUUCAGAUAGCUUCCGUUCUUAUUUCUUUUACGGAGAAAAUUUCCAUGUGUCAAUGAAUUUUCUAACAUCAUGAAAGGUGCUUCUUUGAUGACAGGUGGGGAACUCCCUUUUCAGAUAUGAGAGAUGCUGUGGAUGUAAUGCUAUGUCUCCCUCUUCAGACCAAUAGAUAU